AUUUCCCAACCUUGGUAAAGUUUUAUUUAUAUUCACGUGUUUCAUGUCGGGGUAUAAAUAUUAAAAAAAAAGUGUCAAUUCUUAAAAUAAUAAGUAAUUAUUUAAAAAUGCACCGAUUAGAAAAAUUGUGUAAUAAAAUUCGUCAAACAAACAGUGUUGUAAUGUGUCCAAAAUUAACACGAUAUUUGUGUACAGAAAAAUUAAAAGACCAAGGAAUAAAAGAUUCAUUAGGAAAAUCAGAAGAUAAUAGUAUAUCUUCACAACUAACUGAUAAUUUGUUGGAAAAUUCAAAUGACAAUACACAACAAAAUAAUAAUGAACUAAGUGGAUUUGCAAAAUCAGUUGAAAAAUAUAAAUCACUUUCAGAUGAAAAAGUUAAGAAAGGAAAAAGUUUUGCAACUCUUUUACGUCAUUCAAAACUUAUUGAUAUUGGUGAUCCAAACGGAAAAAUUGUUAAAGGAAAAGUUGUUCACGUUGUUGACAAUGAUUUACAUAUUGAUUUCGGAUGGAAAUUUAAUUGUGUUUGUAGAAGACCUUCACAAAACGCUAGCGAUUAUGUAAGAGGUUCCAUUGUACGUUUAAAAAUAAAAGAACUUGAAUUAUCGACGAGAUUUUUAGGAUCAACUAAAGAUUUAACUAUUCUUGAAGCAGAUUGCAUUCUCCUUGGUCUUUUACCGUCACAGCAAAAAGUAAAAAACACACAAACUGAAGCAAAACAAAUGUAAAUUUUUCUCAUAAGAUUUUAAUAAAACUUAUUUAUAAAAAUUUA